AUGCUCCUCAUCCUUUCUCCUACCACUAACCGCUCCCUCUUUCUAUCAGCCUCGAAGCACCGCCACCCAAUCACCACCAUCUCAAUUAAAUACCCCCAACAGCUUAACGCUCCUCUAUCCCCUCAUGAAAACCCAUCUGGAGACAGCUGCGAAAUUCAUCGCACCCUCCUCAUCCGCCAAACCUUUCUCCUCCACAACAGUCUGAAAAACCUUAAAACCACGAUAAAAGGCAAUAUAUACACAACCAUCACCGCCCACCAUCACAGAAAAACCCAAAGAAACCUUCAUUUUUAUCAAAGAGUUACAAAUCCCUAA